CAAUCGUUCUACAUGAAUGACCAUUCUUUAAAAAAUAACAAAGCUGGUUCAUAGAUUCAAUGAUCAAAUUAAUGACCAAUGUAAUGUAUGGCAUUCAACUUGUGCAACGAACGUACACGCCCAGCGAAGUUAAAAUCGCAAAGUAAAUAGAAAACAUUAACUAUGAGAAUAUUCUGAUAGUCUACCGAUUUUUUUAUUUAGUUUAUCUUUUCGUUGAUAACUAAGCGUUAGGAUGUCUGUGAGUGCAUCGGCCGAAAACCUCUCAACUGACGCACAAAGUUGUGAUGGAGGCUCAAUGUGUCUGGAGCUGGCGCUGGAAGGCGAGCGCCUGUGUAAAGCCGGGGACUGCCGCGCCGGCGUGGCCUUCUUCCAGGCUGCUAUACAGGCAGGCACUGAUGAUCUCAGAACUUUAAGCGCUAUAUACAGUCAACUGGGCAAUGCUUACUUCUAUUUAGGAGACUAUAACAUGGCAAUGCAGUACCACAAACAUGAUUUAACCUUAGCUAGGACAAUGAAUGACAAAUUAGGAGAAGCAAAGGCCUCAGGUAACUUAGGAAAUACACUUAAAGUGAUGGGAAAGUUUACAGAGGCAAUACAGUGUUGCAAGCGCCACCUGGAGAUAUCACGAAGUUUAGGCGACAAACUAAGCGAAGGACGUGCUCUUUAUAACCUUGGAAAUGUAUACCAUGCUCAAGGAAAGCAGCUGGGCAGAGUUGGCCAAAAUGACCCCGGACACUUCCCACAAGAGGUGCGGGAGUGCCUCUUGCAGGCAGUUGCCUAUUACGAAGAAAACCUGGAGCUUAUGCGUAGCCUCGGUGACAGGCAGGCUAUGGGCAGGGCAUGCGGCAACCUGGGCAACACGUGCUACCUACUCGGCGACUUUGCGCGGGCCAUCCGGUACCACACCGAGCGCUUGCAGAUAGCUCGUGACUUCGGGGAUAAGGCGGCCGAGCGGCGCGCCAACAGUAACCUCGGCAACUCGCACAUAUUCCUCGGGCAAUUUGAAAACGCCGCAGAGCACUAUAAACGCACGCUGUCACUGGCGGAGGAGCUGGGUGACGCGGCGGUGGAGGCUCAGGCGUGCUACUCGCUAGGCAACACGUACACGCUGCUGCGCGAGUACCGCGUGGCUGAGGAGUACCACGCGCGCCACCUGGCCGCUGCGCGACGCCUGCACGACCGCGUCGGCGAGGGCCGCGCCUGCUGGUCCCUCGGCAACGCGCACGCCGCGCUCGGCAACCAUGAGAAAGCGCUUUAUUUCGCCAAUGAACACUACAACAUAUCCAAAGAACUUGGUGACGUGCUGGGAAUGGCGACGGCCCAGAUGAACAUCAGCGAUCUCCGUAAGGUGCUGGGGAUGCCGGCGGAGGCAGACGAUUCUCCGCCCGCGCCUCCCUCUGAUGAUGACAGUGCUCCUCGUACUCCUUUCAACGCACUACGAGUCCGGAGACAAAGCAUGGAGCAAUUGUCUCUUAUACAGAUUACUCCUGACUCGAAGAAGAAUGAGAAGGAACAGGAGCCAGAAUCGAAAAAAGAGAUCGCGCGCAGCGAGUCCGAAGACAACCCGGAGUCGUUCUUCGACCUGGUGUUGCGGUGCCAGUCGGGGCGCAUGGACGAACAGCGCGCCAUCCUGAACAGCAACAAGGAGAACCGACAUAAGCCCAAGCCGAACAACAAUUUACAGAAUAUGGGGUCUGACGAUACGAUGCUCGACAUGAUCAACAGCCUGCAGUCGGAGCGCAUGGACUCGCAGCGGGCUGAGCUGCGACCUGCGCAGAAGGCGACGGGCAAGGAGCCGGGCCCUGGCACGUCCCUGCCCGGGCUACGCGCGCAGCACACCACACACACCAAGCCGGAGGACGACUUCCUCGAGAUGAUCGCGCGCGUGCAGGGCUCCCGCCUCGAAGAUCAGCGCACGGAGCUGCCCCGCCCGCGCCCUGAACCCGCCAAGCCGCGCACCGAGCCCGCCAAGCCGCGCCCGCGCAACGAAAACAAGGGCACUCUGCCCGACGAUGACUUCUUCUCGCUCCUCAUGAGAGCUCAAGGAGGCCGCAUGGAGGACCAACGUGCUUCUAUACCAAUUAACCGUGCUCCCAAGAACGACACCAACGCCAAGAAGUAAACAGACAGCGAGUGGUGUUGUACGCGGCAUGGGCACACUGCUCCUGUCCAGCGAUGCGAUAUAUUAUUUAAAUAAAUGUUGAUUAAGUUGUCGCUCGUUGUACAUUUGUUUUGUAGUUCGCACGCGAGUCAAAUCGUCCGAUUCCGAGUCCGACGAUAUCGUUCUAAUGGCCCUACAUCCCUUGAUGAUUGAUAUCUGUUGGAGGUCAUCCUGAAAACAUACAAAACUAUAUUAAGAUAUGUAGUUAUGUAUAUAUCAAAAGCGUUACAUACUUAUGUUUUUUAAAAUGUAAAAUUACAUACGGUCUAAUAAAAAUUAAGGAUAUUUUUCUUAACACGGAUCCGGCCUCUAUUAAAUAAAGUAAAUAUAUAAAGAUGAAUAUUAGUUGUAAAGUUUCUUUUGUGUUCACGAUAUAGUGCAUGGUGCGGGUGGCGAGGAUGUAGGAUAACCUAAGCACACAAUGAUACAAUAUUCGUCCGUUGCUAAAUAAUUUACUUUGCUACGUAAGUGCCUGACGUCUUCGUCUUUGUUGUUACAAUCUAAGCUAACGUUCUAUUGACUGCGCGUCUCUAAUAUUAUGUACUCAUUCAUUUUAACUCGAUACGAUAUCACUAUUGACUAUAAAUAAAUUUAAUUUUACUGACAUGAAUUUUUAAAUCAUGAUUUUUUACUUAUUAUUAACAAUCUUAUGUAUUUUAAUAAUUAUAAAUAACCCUCAAAUACUUUGAAACGAAGUUUUGUAAUGUAAAUUGUGAUAGUGCUCCACUAUUGGCAAUAAUUUAAUUUAUAAAUUAAUAGAAAUAUUAGUUGUAAGCGGUAACUGUAGGUAGGUGACGUGACAGCGGUACCGCGUGGAGCACGCGCUGCCCUUCGUUACCUGAUCUUUUGAUGAUGUUUCAUCUUUGUCUACGUAAUUGUACACUAUACCCACAAGUGAUCUUAUUAACCGAUUGUGAUUUUAUGUAUUUAUUUUUACUCAAUGUCUUACUCCGAUUUCAUAUUGUUUACCAAAAAUAUUAACAACACUGUAGUUAGUUUUUGUUAUUUUGUAUACAAUAUUCAUUCCAAAUGCAUUUAGGUACUAUAAAUCAUAAUGUCUACAAAUGUGUUCUAUUUAUAAAAAUAUUCUCUUUUGAACAACUAGUGUGGAGAUGAGGACUUGAACUAUUGACUGUUAUUGUAAUGAAUAAAUAAUAUAAUCGAAUAGUAGCUAGCAAUGCAUGCAAGUAACUAGUGGUGACACAGCACUGACUCGCCUCUUCAAUUUCUCGCCAAUUAAUGGCCACUACUACGUGUGCUAUAAUAAAUAUUUGUAGUAUCCCUGUGACAAGCCACCACUACCCAAUUUGUUAGUAGUCUGUCAAGUCAACUUGUGUAAUUAAUGAUAAAAAUAAGUUCAAAUGUUCGAACAUAAUACGAGUAUUUUAAUAAACUGAUGCAGGCAAUACGGCCAUAAUUGGCCAACGUUUGAGUAACGUGGCGAUGGAGAUGAGUCUUGUAAACAUUAAUACUUUAGUCGGAUCAAAGAAUCUUAUUAGUUAGGAUAUAUAUUUCAAAUUUAUAAACCCUAAAUUUAUACACUGAACAAUUUGGAAAUAAUUCUUAGUAUUUUAUGUUCAUUGUAAUUAUUCUAAAUUUAUAUAAGGUAAGAAAUUGUUAAUGUAGGCCAAUAAAUGCCAAACUACACAUUUGAACUGACA